UAUGACAAUUCCACAGCUAAAGUAGAAUAUAGGUUAUGUUUAAGUAAAUAUUUUUAGAAAAUGUUUAAAAAAAAUACUGUUCCGCAAAGAAAACCACUUAGUAUUCCCAGGGAGGAUUUGAUUGAAGAUAUUGGAAUUCUUAGGCAAUGUGAAGACCAACAGAACAAGCUAUUUUGGUGUUUGGAUGAAAAGCCUCCACAAGAAAACAAGUUUUCUCAAUUAGAGCAGUUCCUUAAAGGCACUAACAAUUUGGAGGAUAUAUCUAAUACUUUAACUAAUUUGCUUGAAGAAAUAAAUCACUUAAAAGAAGAAAUUGGUAAGAACAUCAAUGAUGUCAAAAAUAAAGCCAGUAGCAUCAAUUUGGAACAUGAAGUAAAUGAACAUAGGUAGUGUACAUUUUUAUAUUUUGGUUUCUGCUAGCUAAUAAAAGUUUAGGUUUUAAAAAACAUAUUGAUCAUACUUUUAAACCGUUCCAAAUA